CCCACCGUCACACACUCGGACACGUAGUGACAUUCCGCCCGCCAGCAAAAGAUAAACGUGUCCAGUAAACAAUGCCACUUUGGUCCCCACCCGUGCGCUAAGACACGGCGAACGAGAAAGGCCACCGACACGCGCGGCGUCGUCGCGCUCGUCCAAUGAGCGUCGCGGCGAUGCUCGCGUCCAACUGGAGCAUCUGCGCCAGCCCGCGGAGCGCCGCGGACGGGCACCCGGACCCGGGGGGCGGCUCGGCGCGCGCCACGCUCACUCCGACCGGCAACCUGAUCGUGGCGGUGUGCUUGGGCUCGAUCGGCGCUCUGGGACUGCUCAACAACUCGCUGGUGCUGCUGCUCUACUGCCGCUACAAGAUCCUGCGCUCGCCCAUCAAUUUGCUCCUCGUCAACAUUUCCGUCAGCGACCUGCUGGUGUGCGUGCUGGGGACGCCGUUCAGCUUCGCGGCCAGCACGCAGGGACGCUGGCUCAUCGGGGCCGAGGGCUGCGUGUGGUACGGCUUCGCCAACUCGCUCUUCGGCAUCGUGUCGCUCAUCUCUCUGGCCGUGCUCUCGUACGAGCGCUACAGUACCAUGAUGACCCCCACCGAGGCCGACUCGUCCAACUACUGGAAGAUCGGCCUGGGCAUCAGCCUCUCUUGGCUCUAUUCCCUCCUCUGGACCCUGCCGCCGCUUUUCGGCUGGAGUCGCUACGGCCCGGAAGGUCCGGGGACCACCUGCUCCGUGGACUGGAAAGCCAAGACGGCCAAUAACGUGUCUUACAUCAUUUGUCUGUUUGUCUUCUGCCUGGUUGUGCCGUUGUUGGUGAUCGUCUUCUGCUACGGGAAGCUGCUGUGCGCCAUCAGACAGGUGAGCGGGAUCAACGCCUCGAUGAGCAGAAAGCGGGAGCAGCGAGUCUUGUUCAUGGUGGUGAUCAUGGUGAUCUGCUACCUCACCUGCUGGCUGCCGUACGGGAUCGCGGCGCUGCUGGCCGCGUUCGGACCGCCGGGCCUGCUCACGCCCGAGGCCAGCAUCGUGCCUUCGGUCCUGGCCAAGAGCAGUACAGUCGUCAACCCCGUCAUUUACGUCUUCAUGAAUAAACAGUUUUACAGGUGCUUCCGAGCUUUCCUCCAUUGCGAGGCUCCUCGACGCGGUUCCAGCGUGAGGAGCUCAUCCCGGGUCGCCGCCAAGCCGGCCAGGGUCGGCGCCUCGACCGGUCCUCGCCGCACCGACGACUUCCUGUUCAUGGUGGCCUCGCUGGGGCAGCCGGCGGCCGGCCUGCCCCGGCUGGACCCGGGCCCGGAACCCGCUCUCGAUGUCACCAAAGCCCCAUCUUCGGACAUCAACCGACCGGUCGUGGUCUCGCUCGCGGCCCGCUUCGACGGGUGAACGCCGGCAUCGGAACCAAGGACGUCUCCGGCCCAGAAGGCGUCCGUCGGCGACGCGUUACGCACAAAUCGCCGCUCGGGACCGAGAGCGCGCAGACGUUGCGUCGACUCUGCCGUGGCCGCGCUGAGCGCUUCUGCCGGCGAGCCUUAAUUGGACCUGCUUGUGGAAAUUCCCGGAACAGGUGACGGACGGGUACUGAACUUGUCACGCCACUCGAGGUGGUCCAUCAGACAAAACUCUUAAAGCGAGUACAAAAAAAAACGAUCAUAAAUGUUGUUUGGAUAUUAACAAUCAUUGAGAAAUGAAAGUCUACUUCCUGGGCAGUUUUUAAGAUGGAAGAAAAGAAACGAAGGAGUCGUGUGACGUUGAGCUCGAUGUCGUCUUCAACGGAUCCCUUUUGACCUUUCAUCGCAAAACGUGAUCGCAACCCAGUCGGCGACGUUCGGCGGUACCGCCCGCUUCAAGUGCAUGCCGGAGAGCCAAUGCGGUACUUUGCACGUGUACUCGGCAUUUGCAUCCUUCUGGAGGACGGAGACGAUUCCGUUCUUCAUUGCCACGUAACAUUACAGCCGCAUUUGAUUUAAAAAAAAAAAAAAAACGUUUCUGACAGUUUUGCACGCUUUCCCACAAGAAAAGUCACCAGAAUCAAUGAUGAUCUUUGAUUGUUUGCGGCCGAACCCGAUGCUCAGGGUUCCGGCUUUAGAAGGUGAAAGGGCUGCCACUACGGUACCGCGUCUUGCUCGAGGGCACACGGGCGGCGUCCGUCCCAAAAAAAUGUUGACAAACUUGCUUGUCUAUCUGGAACACGAACGUCUUCGUGCCUCCACCGUUGGUCUUGCCCAAAUCGUUUUGCGGUCUGCGUUGUUUGUCAAGUGGGUGCCCGCAUCCGGGUCGGCUUCUUGGAUCGCUUCAUGAUUGUAUUGCAAUACAUUACAAAAAAAAAAAAGAAAAAAAAAGCACAGCAUCAGUAAAUAUUGUGCGGCCAGUGAAUGUUGUCGCUUUUCUUCACUGCCAAAAAAAAAACACAAACGUUUUCUUGUCGCUUGAUUUGUUGAAGAAAUGUUGUUGUUUUUUCUUUUUUCAUGGGCUCAUUUUUAUGGGCUUGCGUAUCAUCGCAUAAGAAAAGGGUUGAGACCAAAGCCCAAGAAAUGUUGAUAUUUUUCA